GUUUUACUCGCCGCGAAGGGUUCGAGCUCGGUUUCUUUCCAGGGAGAGCGGCGGCAGGGAAGAUGGUGGAGAAGGGCACCAAAUGGAGGAAGGAGGUGAUCACGAGGGAGUACACGAUCAAUCUCCAUAAACGUUUACAUGGAUGCACAUUCAAGAAGAAGGCUCCCAAGGCAAUCAAGGAGAUCAAAAAGUUUGCACAGAAGGCCAUGGGUACCACAGAUGUCAGGGUUGAUGUGAAGCUCAACAAGCACAUAUGGAGCAGAGGGAUUCGAAGCGUGCCAAGGCGAGUCCGGGUGAGAAUUGCUCGAAAAAGGAACGAUGAAGAGGAUGCCAAAGAAGAGCUAUUUUCUUUGGUCACAGUUGCCGAGGUCUCACAAGAGGGUUUCAAGGGAUUGGGCACCAAGGUUGUUGAUGAAGCAGACUAAGUUCCGAGUCAUCCAUCAGCUUCUACUAUAGUACUAUAUGAAGAUAUUAAUGAUGCUAUGGAAUCAACGACUAAGGUUUGAAUGAUUUGUAGACGAUCUUGUUCUAGCCAUAACUUGUGAUCAUGAUUUGUGAUUGA